AUGUUCAGCCAGCUGAAAAAGAUUUUUUGGCCCAGUGCAGCUGUAACCCAGAGCUCUGAGGCAACUCCACCAGCUCCAGCUCCAGCUCCUGCCCCUACCCCAGCUCCUGCCCCUGCCCCUGCUCCUGCUUCUGUCCCCACUCCUGCUCCUGCUCCUUCCACUGCUCCUGCUUCUGCUCCUGCCCCUGCUCCUGCGCCAGCUUCAACACCUGCUCCUCCAGCCAAGGAAGAAAAGGCCGAGGAGAAAAAAGAAGAUAAACCGACUGAGCCAGCCGCUGCUCCAGCUCCUGCUCCAACUCCAGAGCCCCCUAAACCAGAGGCCAAGCCUGCAGAACCUGCCAACAAUGAUCAAGCAGCUACAGAUGGCCAAGAGGAAGCCCCUCCUCCACCCAUCGUUAUAAACAGAUAUUCUGAUGACCAGCUGCGACACAUCAUUAAAAGGUUGAGAGAUCGGACAGAUGUCUACAAGGAAAAGGUCAUAGACCCCUAUGCAUCCUCACCAGAGCGGAGCCCUCCAGUCACACCUGUCUUACGGAAGUGUGACUGGCUGAAAAAACAGGAAGAGGAGAGAAUACGAAAAGAGGAGGAGGAGAAAAAGAAAAAAGAAGAGGAAGAGAGGAAAGCAGCAGAAAAAAAGGAGAAGGAAGCAGCAAAAAAGGAGGAGAAAAAAGAUGACAAAAAGGAGGAGAAGAAAGCAGAGGAACCUGCCGAUGACUCCAUCUGUCCUAAAAUUAAGUGUACCUGUAUAGACACUUUGCUAAAACCCAUUGAGGACAAGAUGGAUAACUAUUUAGGGUCAACCAUUGAUCCAUUUACAGACCGGCGGUACAUUAAAUGGCUGAGUGUGGUCACGUUAGCUUUCAACUACAAUGUCUGGCUCAUUACAGCGAGACUGUGCUUUCCCUAUCACACACCAGCAACCAUUCCCUUCUGGAUUGUCUUUGAUAUUCUCGCUGACAUAGUGUAUGUCUUAGACAUUGUCCUCUUCCAGCCCCGUCUACAGUUUGUCAAAGGCGGGGACAUUGUUAAAGACAGAGUACAAACGAAGGAGAAAUACAGACAUUCUGCAAGAUAUCAGUCAGACUUGAUCAGCAUCAUACCCUUCGAUUUGCUGUGUUUGCAGUUUGGAUAUACAGCAGCUUUCAGGAUUAAUAGAUUCAUAAGAUACGAGUCUUUUUUUGAGUUCAGUGAUCGACUUGAAAGCAUCAUGGCCAAGGCAUACAUCUGGAGAGUUGGUCGUACCACAGGUUACCUCCUCUUUUGUCUCCAUGUCAACGCGUGUCUCUACUACGUAGCCUCAUCCUAUGAAGGAAUUGGCAGCACAAAAUGGGUGUAUGAUGGCAAGGGUACUGCGUAUCUUCGUUGUUAUUACUUUGCCACUCGUACGCUGAUCACUAUUGGAGGCCUGCCUGAGCCGCACACUCUCUUUGAGAUUGUGUUUCAAAUGGUGAAUUUCUUCACUGGUGUCUUUGUCUUCUCCAGUUUGAUCGGACAGAUGAGAGAUGUCAUCGGAGCAGCGACUGCUGGUCAGACGUACUUUCGUGCCUCUAUGGAUGCUUGUGUGGCUUAUAUGAAUACAUACAGAAUUCCCAAGUUGGUACAAAACAGGGUACGCACAUGGUACAACUACACGUGGGACUCCCAGGGCAUGCUGGAUGAGUCAGAGCUACUGGAGCAGAUGCCAUUGGUCAUGAGAACGGCCAUCGCUGUGGACAUCAACCUCGCUACCUUCCAGAAGAUUGACCUCUUCAAAGGAUGUGAUAACCAGAUGCUUGUGGACAUGUUGUUGAGGCUUAAGUCUAUUGUAUAUUUACCAGGAGAUUUUGUAUGCAAGAAGGGUGACAUUGGAAGAGAGAUGUACAUCAUCAAAGCUGGGGCAGUGCAGGUUAUAGGUGGACCUGACAAUAAGAUUGUGUUUGUGACGCUGAAGGCAGGCUGUGUAUUUGGAGAGAUCAGCCUCUUACAGUCAGCAAAAGACGGAGGCAACAGGAGAACAGCUAAUGUGGCGGCUCAUGGAUUUGCUAACCUCUUCGUCUUGGAUAAGAAAGACCUCCAGGACAUUUUGGUCCACUACCCAGAAUCCCAGAAAGUCUUGGCUAGAAAAGGAAGAAAACUGAUGAAAGCGAAAGGUCCAGCGGCAGCCAAGGCCGAGGAGGACAAGAAGAAAGGACUGGCACUCUUUGGACCCAAGCCCCCGACUCCCAAAAUGCUCCGAGCCUUUGGGGGCUUUGGGAAAGGAGGUCUGCUUGACAAACUCAAGGCUCAGGCUGCUGCAGAGAAAAAAUAA